UCAAUCUCAUUAAAAAUGGCGAGAGAGGUACAUUCCUACAGCUGGAUUAAUCUUCGUGUACAAACGGUUUCUCUAAAUGAACUUCAAGGAGCUUUUAAGAUUUUCAUGUACAAGCCUUCCAGGGUUUCUCAAGGCAUUAUAAUAAAAAGCAACAGUGGAAAAAUAAACUCCGGAACGUUUGUUGCUCUCAUGGGACCGUCUGGGUGCGGGAAAACAUCUUUUUUAAACGCUCUGGCAUUCCGACCUCAGCCCGGAGUCAAAGUAUUGGGGAAAUGUUUUUUUGAUGAUAAAGAAGUGAGUAAAUACACGGCAAAGUACGUCUGUUCAUACAUUCCGCAGGACGAUCUUUUCUUUGAAAAUUUGACCGUUGGUGAGCACCUAACCUUUCAAGCUGGUCUCCGACUUUCUAGUAAUCAGUCACAGCGCAACAGAGAUGAUGCAGUUGAUCAGAUGCUUACUUUACUCAACCUUCAUCAUAUCAAAAACAACAGGAUUGGGAAUACGUUGUCAAGUGGGAACGGGAUCUCUAAGGGAGAAAGGAAGAGAAUUGCCUUUGCUGCAGAAAUGCUCUCUGACCUUCCAGUCAUCCUUGUGGAUGAACCAACUUCUGGACUUGAUUCUCAUAUGGCCAGCGUAGUUGUAAAACUUCUGUAUGAUGUUUCAAGACUUGGAAAGAUUGUGAUUGCUUCCUUACAUCAACCUUCAUCACAGCUCUUCAAGUUCUUUGAUAAGAUAUUCCUGCUCUCUGAUGGUGUCAAGGUUCUCUACGGUACAAGACAACAAGCACUGGAGUUAUUUUCUCAAUCUGGAUUCCCAGUUCCUGAAAACUAUAAUCCUGUAGACUGGUUUAUUCUAAACACAAAGAUAUCCUAUGGGAGGAGUAGAGAACAUGAAGAUAGAAGGAAGGUUAUGUAUUUCGCGGAUAUGUGGCAUCUUUACUUUCAUGAAGAGAUUCCAAUUCAACCAGCUGCUGUUCUUAAACUUAGACAAGCUCGGGCACAAGUAGGCAUUCAGUUCAAGAUUAUUAUACAGAGACUUUUCCUAACUUACUGGAGACAAUACAUGGGAGGAAGCACUGCUCUUAUUCUAACCUUGUUCGGACUCUAUCUAGGAGUUAUCUUCUAUAACCAGGCGGACAAUGUGAACCAGAACAAUAUCAGAAGUGUUGAGAGUGUAAUGGGAGUUCAGGUUCUUGUCUCGAGUCUCAUAUUUCUCUCUACUCCUAAGAAGUUCCAGGCAACUAAACCAGUUGUUGUCAGAGAGAUUCAUUCAGGACUGUACUAUACCAUUGUUUACAAGUUCUGUAUCUACCUAGUGGAGGUUCUACUACUAGUUAUACAGACUGUUCCUGGAUACGGAAUCAUGUAUUGGAUGGUGGGGCUGAAUCCUUUACCAUUACGGUUCAUUUGGAGUUUAUACCUUAGUGUUAACCUCAACUGGAUUAUGUUGGGACUGGGUCAUCUCCUGUCUAAUCUACUGAAUUCAGAUAAACUAUACGUGGAUUUAUCUUUACAGAUAGGCCUUGUACUCAGUCUAUUCUCAGGUCUCAUCAUUAACCUUCAGCAACUUCCAACUUUCCUCUAUCCUUUCAGGCUUGCGUCACCCAUGUUCUACGGUUACCAGAACAUGCGUAUGGCCCAGUGGUUAGGUAUGGGAGCAAUACCCUGCCAUGAGGAUAAACUCCAGGAUACAUGUUUUAUCAAUGGAAUGGAGUAUCUCAGAGAGAGUGUUGAGUUGGAAGAUAUUUCUAUGGAGAACCAUAUAAUCAUGACAUUUGUUGGAGUUAUCUUUAGACUGAUUGCUGUUAUUGUUUUCCUUUUUAAGAAUCAUUGAACAGCUCUUUUAUUAUUUGUAAAUAAAAUUGCUAAGCCUGAACCUGUUUAUGUUUGUUAAAAUAAAAUAUCUGAUGAACUA